AUGUAAUUCAGCAUAAUAUUGAAUAUUCAUGGAUUGUAAUUUUGAAAAAUAGCUACAAACGGAAGAAUACACAAUUGAUCCGAUAGCAAGUAUUUGAAGAAGUACCAAUCCUUUCGAUCCAAACCAGAAUCGAUAUUAUUGAUCAGACAUCUCCUAUCACAGGUUAACAUCAGUCAGUUAUUAUUUUCUCCGAGUUAAACAACUAAUUCUGCUUGAUCAAAAUGGUUUCUGAUACUGAAUCAACUGCCAAGUCAUCUGAAACAAUUGAAAAUAAAGAUCAAGAAUCAAGUGAACAAGUUAAAUCAACAGAAAUUGCAGGAGAUUCUAGUGUUACUGCUGCACCAUCUGCUUCUUCUUCGUCUCCAAAUCAAGACAAUACCACUGUUUCAACUGAAGUUCAACCAAUGGAAGCCGAGUCAACUGAUAUUUCUAAAAAUAAGGAAUCAAUGGAAUCUAAUGCUAGUGUAAAUGUUGAAUCUAAUGUUAGUGAAGAUGCUGAUGUAAAACCAAUGGAGGCAUUGUCUGAGGAGAUACCGGAAGCUGUUGCAGCCGAUUCUGAAUUAUCUAAGGAGAAAAAUACAUCUGAUGGUUCAUUAUCAUCAUCAUCAUUAUCAACUGAAAUUCCUGCACCUGGAGGAGCAGAAAAAAUUCAAAACAACAGUGAUUCUGUUGGAUUUACUAUACCAAAAAUUAAAACAGAAGAAUUAGACAAUAGUGAAGUAAUGGAUACCACUACUACCCCAGCAACUACUACUACUCUUGGUGCAUCUGAAAAUGAAACUUCAUCUGUAUCUUCAAUUCCUAAUAAUGAAGCAGAAACUCAAAAAAAUGGUUCUAAUGGUACAUCUGAAAGUCAAGUUAUAGAGGACAAAGGAGUCACACCCGAUGAUAUUGAUAAAGAAACUUCACAACCGGCACCUGUCUCUGCCGACUCUGGUCCAGCGACUCCUGGUAAAGUUGUUCAAGCUGCUUCUCCAACUCCAAUAGUCAAUGGAUCAAGUAAAAAGCCUAAAGUUGAUUUUGCAUCUUUACCUACUCGUCAAUAUUUAGACCAAACAGUUGUACCAAUCUUAUUGCAGGGUUUAUCAUCAUUAGCUAAAACACGACCCGAAGAUCCAACUCGAUAUUUAGCUAAUUAUCUAAUUGAACAUGGUAAAGAUUUUGAAGAUCGUCAAAAUUAAUGAACUUUAUGCGGUAAAACUAUUUAAUUUCUUUAUCAUUUCCUUCCGUCAGUUAAUCUAUCAAAUGAUUUCUUUUCACUUUUCAUACAUUUCAAAAUUGAAACCACAUUAAAUACAAUAAUAACUUCCUUCAUUGGAUAAGUUAUUUAUCUUCGCUAGUUUAUUUACAUUUUGUUUCAUUCAAA